GAUGGUAUAUUUGGUGAAGAGUUUAGAAAGAAAGUUAGGGAGAGCGAAGGAAGAGAACCUAUUGUACAUGACCUUGCAAACGAAAGUUUGCAAAAUGUCAUAAAAACUUACUUUGCAGACAAUGAACUGAGAAGGGAUGAAUAUUUAAGAAAACUCAAAUGGACAGUACCAAAUGAAAUGUUAGUAUUGAAAAACAUGUUCCUUGACAAAAUAAAACCAACUACAGAAAUAAAUGACGCAAGACUGAAACAUUGGGUAAAAGCUUUUCCAUUCACAAAAGAUAUUGUUGGUAACAUGGAAAGAAAACCAGAAUGGCUACAAAAACAUAUAUUUGGAAACGAGCUUAUUCCAUAUGGACAAGCUCUGUUUGAAGAGCUUGAACCGGAAACUCAGGAAAGAGUCAUGCAAACAAUACGUGAAGACUCAAAUACAAACUAUGACAAACUCUUUCUAGGAUAUAGGGUACCUGAGAUGGGCGACCAGAGCCCAAAGGCAAAAAGGACAUGGGAAAUUUACAACAUACUAGGUGAACAUGAGGCAAAGAUGCAACAACUUGAAGCAGAGGGCAAGUUACCAAAGAAGAAGAGAAGAGUAGAACAAAGUGAAAGUAGUGAAGAAGUAACUUCAUCUAGUGAAAGUAGUGGCAAUGAAGGAAAAAGAAGAGUUAAAAACUCAGUCAGGAAGAAAGUAAAGCUUGGUCCACAUGGGUUCUAUUAUGACAAAUAA